AUGACAGUGGACUCUUCGAGGCAAGUGGACGUUGAUGCAAUUGAGCUGGACGAUGGGGUUCAGCAACUGGACGAAGAGAAGGACUUCGAUCCAUGUGGACUGGAAGAGGUCUACAUCCACGUAGUAACGCGCAAGUUGAAGAAUGACUGA